UUUAUCCACACGCGGAUAAGGUUAUAUCGAGUAGUGUCUGUUUCUUCUCCCAUAAUUUAGGGGACCAUCUCUGAGAUUUCCAGCCCUAGAUCUUGUUGUCAGGACCGACACGUGGCACCACUUUAGAUCCACACGUGUCUUGUAAAAGGUAAUAGUUAGCAGGUCGUCGCUUCUAUCUUUUGGGCCAUCAGCCUGAAUCCAUAUUAAAAGACUCCAUAACUGUUGAGCCCAGUCUUGAUAUAUGUGGAUCAGUGAUUAUUGUAAUAGCCCUGCAACGAUUCUUAUCGGUCAAUUCAUCAUGUUGGAGUCAGUGUUGUUGCUUCUGACGGAACCUCUUCAAUUUCCUUCAACAGACAAGUGAAAUUAUGUCACGGUCAAGAAGGUACUCCCCCAAUCCAGACUUCUCUAGAAUCCAAUACACUCUUCUGUACGUAUCCUAUAAACCUCUCUUGCUUCUAAACCCCCCGUGCCCAUUCUUCCAGAACAGAGUUCAUUCGAUCGUGUGAUCAUGGCUACUGCAGCGCAGCUUCACUGCCCAUUCCAGCAGUCAGGAAACAGAACCCCUUUUCUGGGACUAAAGAGGAUCAAGCAGAACCCUCUUAUAUCUAUUAAUUUUCACAGAAAAUGUAAUAGGCGAUAUAGGCCUUUCCGAGUAGUGAAUGAGAAGGUGGUCGGAAUCGAUCUGGGCACCACCAAUUCGGCCGUGGCGGCCAUGGAAGGCGGCCAGCCGACCAUCGUGACCAACGUCGAGGGGCAGCGGACCACGCCGUCUGUGGUGGCGUACACGAAGUCCGGCGACAGGCUCGUCGGCCAGAUCGCAAAGAGACAGGCUGUCGUGAACCCUGAGAACACCUUCUUCUCCGUGAAGAGGUUCAUCGGGAGAAAGAUGAACGAGGUCGACGAGGAGUCCAAGCAGGUUUCUUACAAAGUGGUGAGGGACGAGAUUGGGAAUGUCAAGCUGGAGUGUCCUGCUACAGGGAAGUUGUUUGCCCCUGAGGAGAUCUCUGCUCAGGUGUUGAGGAAGCUUGUGGACGAUGCGUCCAAGUUUCUAAAUGAUAAGGUGACCAAAGCCGUGAUUACAGUACCGGCCUAUUUUAAUGACUCCCAGAGAACUGCUACAAAAGAUGCUGGACGUAUAGCUGGUUUGGAUGUUCUUCGAAUUAUCAAUGAGCCAACAGCUGCUUCUUUGGCUUAUGGGUUUGAAAAGAAGAAUAAUGAAACCAUCCUAGUUUUUGAUCUAGGAGGGGGCACAUUCGACGUAUCAGUUCUUGAGGUUGGGGAUGGAGUUUUUGAGGUGCUUUCCACCUCCGGGGAUACACAUCUUGGGGGUGAUGAUUUUGACAAGAGGAUCGUGGAUUGGCUUGCAGACACCUUCAAGAAAGAUGAAGGUAUUGAUCUUCUUAAAGACAAGCAGGCUCUCCAACGGCUCACUGAGGCUGCUGAGAAGGCGAAGAUUGAAUUGUCGUCUCUGUCCCAAACUAGCAUAAGUUUACCCUUCAUAACUGCUACUUCUGAUGGUCCAAAACAUAUCGACACAACGUUGACAAGGGCUAGAUUUGAAGAUCUAUGCUUUGAUCUAUUAGACAGGCUUAAAACACCUGUAGAAACUGCUUUAAAAGAUGCAAAUCUUUCCAUCAAGGAAAUAGAUGAAGUAAUUUUGGUUGGGGGUUCAACCCGCAUACCUGCUGUCCAAGAGCUUGUCCGGAAGAUGACUGGGAAAGACCCUAAUGUCACCGUUAAUCCGGAUGAGGUUGUUGCACUUGGGGCUGCAGUUCAGGCGGGUGUUCUGGCCGGUGAUGUUAGUGACAUUGUGCUCUUGGACGUUACACCGUUGUCGCUCGGUUUGGAAACUCUGGGUGGCGUGAUGACAAAAAUCAUACCAAGGAAUACAACAUUACCAACUUCUAAGUCGGAGGUCUUCUCAACAGCAGCCGAUGGCCAGACAAGUGUGGAGAUCAAUGUAUUGCAAGGAGAAAGAGAAUUCGUGAAAGACAACAAGUCCCUGGGAAGUUUCCGUCUGGACGGCAUCCCACCAGCUCCCCGAGGUGUGCCCCAGAUUGAGGUGAAGUUUGACAUUGACGCCAAUGGGAUCCUUUCUGUGACAGCUGUCGACAAAGGAACUGGAAAGAAGCAAGACAUCACCAUAACCGGUGCCAGCACAUUGCCCUCAGAUGAGGUGGAUAGGAUGGUUAAAGAUGCUGAAAGAUAUGCGAAGGAGGACAAGGAGAAAAGGGAUGCGAUCGACACUAAGAACCAAGCGGAGUCAGUCAUAUAUCAGACUGAGAAACAAUUGAAAGAGCUGGGAGACAAAGUUCCUGCUGCUGUGAAGGACAAGGUGGAUAGUAAAUUGAAGGAGCUUAAAGAUACCGUUUCAGGUGGAACUACUCAAGCCAUCAAGGAUGCCAUUGCCGCGCUUAACCAAGAAGUCAUGCAGCUUGGACAAUCACUAUACAGCCAACCUGGAGCUACAGGUACUGAUCCUGCCAGUGAUGCCUCUUCGGAAUCGAGUUCCACUGGUAAAACGUCAUCGGAUGGUGAUGGAGAAGUUAUUGAUGCAGACUUCAGCGAAAGCAACUGAAUAUCCAAGUAGAUGUGUACAGAAGUAAACCCUUUUGACUUUAAGGAGAAGUGAUCUUUGUUUUGAUAGAUAAGCAGUCGACAGUACAGGAGUUGAGGAGAGUUGUGUCGACUAAGUACCGACUAAUGUAAUAAAAUCUUAUUUCUAUGAAGUUUUGUGAUUCACAAAUGA